AUGGGGUCGGCGGUGCUACCGACGCUGCGGCGGAAGCGGGAGGUGGACGCCGCCAUUCGCGACACCCUCGACAAGGUCCUCGUCCUCCGAUUCGGCCGCGGCGCCGACGCCGCCUGCCUCCAGCUCGACGACGUCCUUGCAAAAUCUUCUUGGGAUAUAUCCAAGUUUGCAACGAUAGCAUUGGUCGAGAUGGAUUCUGAGGAGAUUCAAGUGUACGUUGACUAUUUUGAUAUCACGUUGGUUCCAGCAACCAUUUUUUUCUUCAAUGCUCAUCACAUGAAGAUGGAUUCAGGGACACCUGAUCACACAAAAUGGAUAGGCUCUUUCAGCAGCAAGCAAGACUUCAUUGAUGUAGUGGAGGCAGUAUUUAGGGGUGCGAUGAAAGGCAAACUGAUAGUGUCCUGCCCACUUCCACCAGAGAGGAUACCUAGAUUCCAACUUCUUUUCAAGGAUGUCUGAACACAAGAAGCUCUAAUUAUGAACAGAUGUAGUACCUUUGCCUAAAGAAUGUGCUCUUUUUGAUACUGUAACAGUUUCAUUCCCUGUCCUCGGAAUACAUAUCCACCCAGCCAGACCUAAAGAAUAAGCUGUUGAUGGUAGGCGAAAAGGAGGAGGAUAUGAAGCUGUGGUUGCAUGAGCUAGGCGGUGAACAAUCAGGAGUUGGUGCUUACAUUGGUUUGCAUCAACUGCACUUCUUUAUUAUGUUAUAAUAGCAUAAUACAACAUUUUAUUUUCUAUUGUCUGUAAAGUUCUGUAUUCCACAAACUAAAAUGCUCAAGUGUGUAUCUGUUAGUGUGGUACAUACAUGUCUGGUUAUAGGCAAGUUUAGUGGGUGUUUGUGAAGUCAUACGAUAAAUUACCAAAAUUUACAUGAGUGCA